AUGUCUCAGCAAGUUCCUGUUAUUUUACGAGUCUUGUCAGCAUCGCUCACAUUGGCGAGUCGAGCGGGACAGUUAAUAAAAGAUGUAGUGAAAUCCGGUACAAGUCUAGAUAUUAUUGAUAAAGUAGAGGCUGACAGAGAGUCUGAACAAUUAAUUAUAUCUUCAUUAUCGAAACAUUUUCCACAUUUACAAAUUCGUGGUGAAGAGAAUAUUCAAAUACACACAACAAACAAUACAACAUUCGAAGAACUUGUUAAUGUAAAUAAAGAUGUUUUACAAACAAAAUGUCCAAAUGAAUUUAAAAAUCUAGAAGAAAAAGAUAUAGUUGUUUGGGUUGAUCCUCUUGAUGGAACUCGAGAAUUUACUGAAGGUCGUCUCGAAGGUGUGACGGUGUUAAUCGGAAUUGCGACGCAAGGAAAUCCUGUUGCUGGAGUAAUACAUCAACCGUAUUUUAAUUCAGGAGAAGGAAGAAAUGUGUGGGGAAUGAUAAACUCUGGUGUACAUGGUCUGAAUAAAAAUCAACAACCAUUACUAGGACGAAUUAUUGCAGGAAGUUUGUCACAUCGAUCUAAAACUGUUAUGGAAGCUGUAAAAAUCUGUGAGCCGACAGAAGUUAUUCAAAUUGGUGGCUGUGGAUGUAAGGUUUUAUUGGUGUUAGAUGGUAAAGCACAUGCUUAUAUCCAUGCUUCAAAAGGCUGUAGUCUUUGGGAUACUUGUGCGCCUGACGCAAUAUUGAGAGCAGCUGGAGGAAGAUUAACCGACGUGUUUGGCAAAGAUAUCUCGUAUGAUUUGAAUGAUAAUACUUCGGUUCAAACGGGCGUCCUUGCAACAAUGAAUGAUCAUGAUUGGUAUACUCAACGUAUUAGAGAGAAAUUACAAAAUCAGUUGUAA